AGAGAGAGAGGGGAGGGAGUCAGCUCAAGCAGGGAUAAUUAGAGGAGUGGGUCACUAUUGGAAGACAACAUCCGCGUUGAGGGAAAAGCUAGGGGAAAAAAGGGAAAACGAAUCAAAGCCGCAGAACAAUAUCAGAGGAGGGAGAUAAGAGUCUAAGUCGGCCACCCUUAGCGCUGACGUCCAGGCAGAUGCGAGCAGCUUCCUCCGGCUCUCAGCAUCAAUGGACGAGCUCAGCCUGUGUGGACUCUAAACCGCUGCCCAGUCAGGAGCGAGUGGAAAAAGCGAACAGAGCGGAGGGAGGGAAACAAUGGCUCAUCUAUCUGCAGUGAUUUGAAUCGCCCGAGCAAGUGAGGAGACCGCUGCCAAGAUCAAGUCCACGCACGCAGGGAAACGAUUUUGUCUCUGAGGGUCUACUGUAAAACCACCAUGGCCCUCUUGUGGUUCUCCAGACUCGCCCUGAUCAUCCUGGCCUGCAUCCCUCGACCAUCUCUGGGAUGCCCCUCCGGCUGUCGCUGCUACAGCCUCACAAUGGAGUGCGGAUCUCUUGGGAUCAAAGAAAUUCCACAGGGUGCCCCGUCUGUCACCGAGACUAUCUUCCUCCAGGACAACGCUAUAGUGCAGAUCCGUCUUCAGGACCUGACUCAGCUCAGCAGCCUCCAUUACCUCUACCUUCAGAAUAAUAGCAUCUCAGCCCUGGAGCCUGGGGCGUUUCUCAGCCAGGGGCAGCUGCUGGAGCUGGCCCUCAAUGGCAACCUCAUCCACCUGGUCACCCCCGACAUGUUUCGGGGUCUGGAGCACCUACGGAUCCUGUACCUCGCCGGAAACCAGAUCACUCGAGUGCAGGACUACACCUUCAGGGGACUGCAGCGUCUGCAGGAACUCCACCUGCAGGAAAACAGCAUAGAGCUGCUAGCAGAACAAGCUCUGUCUGGCUUGUCAUCUCUAGCCCUGCUGGACCUCAGCAGAAAUCACCUCCGCACCCUGGGAGCCUCAUCCCUCAAACCGCUCGUCAGCCUGCAGGUGCUCCGUGUCACAGAAAACCCAUGGCGCUGUGAUUGUGCUCUGGGCUGGCUGAGAACCUGGAUUAGCGAAGACGGACAGCGUCUGUUGAGCUCUGCCGAACAGCGUCGGCUGAUGUGCUCUGAACCACCUCGCCUCUCCCACCUCAGCCUGGUGGAGGUGGCUCCCAACAGCCUGGUCUGCAUCCCCCCGGUGGUGCAGCUCGAGCCCAGUCACCUGACUGUGCGACUAGGGGAGAGCCUCCGAGUCUCCUGCCAGGCCUCGGGCUACCCUCAGCCUCAGGUGACCUGGAAGAAAGCCUCCCACGGCAAGCCCCAGUUAUCACCUCGAGGCCUGGUUCAAGAGCUGGGACCCAAUGGUGAACUCUUCAGGCCUGGGACUGGAGGAGUGGUGACAGCCCUGCCCAGCAGUGGAGGAAUCAAGGUUGGAGGUGUUGGAGGAAUCCAGGGGCUUGUGCGUGGGACUGAGGAGGGUGGCGAGAGGGACAGCUUUGAUCCGGACAUGGGCAGUGGUAUGCUGUUCCUCAGCAAUGUGACUGUAGCGCAUGCUGGGCGCUAUGAGUGUGAAGCCUGGAACCCUGGUGGUGUAGCUAGAGUUACCUUUCAUCUGGCUGUCAACAUGUCCUCUUCUUCAUAUUCAUCGCAGUUCUGGCCUCGUUUCAACACACACUCCUUUGUUUCCUCUUCAUCUAACUCCUUCUAUCAGCCAGAGGUUCUGGAUGUUAGCCAGGAGCCCCUCUAUGAACAGGACAGCAUGGACUUCAAUGCUCUGGGCCCUGCUACGCAGACCGCCAUUGCUGUUGGGAUCUCCUUGCUGGCGCUCACUGCUGUUCUCCUCUUGAUCAUGAUCUACACGCGUCACCAGCAGUGCCGCAAAGAGGAAGGAGGCUCCUACUGUACCAGCAAGGAAGAGAGCAUCCUCUAUGUGAACGACUAUUCUGACGGACCCACCACCUUUGCGCAGCUGGAGGAGUACCGCGACGACCACGGUCAUGAGAUGUACGUACUCAACAGAACCAAGCCUGUCUUGGGCUCCACUUCAUCCAGGUGUCCCAUGAUGAGCGGGUUCGUCCAGCAGAGGGGUAUGAAGGAGGCUCUCCUGGACCACGAAAUGGUGCAGACACUGACCAAAUCAGGGGGAAUGGGGCUUCGCAGAAACCCAGCAGAUGGAGGAGAGGGACCCUUAACAACAGACCCAGAAGAGCUCUUCCUCAGUCAAAGCCUCCUCUUCGGAUCACAGGUUGCCUACGAGAUCCACUGCUAAGAGGUUUUAAUUGUGUUCUAACAUGAAACAGUAUGUUGAUGGACUUAAUAAAAGACAUUAAAGGAAAUCACCUUGGUGCAAUGAUUUGAAGCAUCAGAUUAUCAUGUGGUCUUCAAAAGAGGGGAGAGCCUCAGUUAGUGGUUGCUGAGGGAAACCUGGAUCACAAUCAGCCUCUCAGAGAUUGAUUGUAUGACAUUGAGAUGGGAUGGACAGUAAUAAUUAAAGGGAAAAUAACAGCUGAACCAUUCCCUUCUGUCUCCAAAUCCACCCUUUAAAAAUAAUUAGUAAGUGGCUAACAGUAUCAGAAAUGGUUAGUAUGACAGUUCAUCUUAAUCCUCACAAAAGAGGCUGAGACUGUGCAGCACAUAGUGGCAACUAACGAUAUGGAAUAAGACAGUGAUUCAUAUUUUGCAUUUAUUCUUUUCUUUAGGUUUUGUUUUGUGUGUUUUGUCAGUGUUUUGUGUAAAUAUAAUGAAGCUAACUUUCACUGUGAAGUACAGUUGUUUUGUGGACCCUGUUGCAGAUCCCAUUAGAAUUAGACCUAAACCGAACCUGAAACUGCAUUGUCAUUACCCAUAUGUGUGAGUGGAUGUGGGUGGGUGGCUUUGUUUAAAGAGGUUCAUUUUGAAUUCAGUUCAAGUCUUUUUAAACAUUUCUACCAUAGCAUUGUAUUCCUUGAUGUUAACAUGUUGUGGUUUUUCUACUUAUUUGUUGCAACACCAGAACAAGGAAUUAACAUUUCCAUUGCCUGAAAUUUGGAAUUAAUUCCAUUAACAUCGGUCUGUAACAACCAUUCUAAUGUGAAUAUUGUACAUUUUGUCUUCGGUUUCUACAUAAUAAAAUGUAUUUUAAAAGAU